GGGUGUGGAGGAGGAAAGGCAAAGCGUGUAUGGGUUUUGGGUAUUCAACUAUUCAUUCAUUGAUACGACGCUCACAUUCAAUUCAACCUCUUCUUCCUCUCAACUCAAAACCCUAAUUUCCAAUAAUCAAAAAGAGAAAACGCAGCGUUUUGAUUCCACUCACAAUCUCAGGUUCAACCCAGGGUAGGUAAUUCUUGCAAUUUCCAUCAUUGCUUUAAAAGGAUCAGCAUGUGUUACUUUUUGUAGUCCUUUCAAGGGAAGCCAUUGAAGUGCUCUCAUAAUUAGUUACACUAUCAUGGAUAUUGAACCAGUAGAUGAAAGAGAGAACAAUGAUAGACCUGCUUCUGAAAAUGUUGAAUCUGAAAAAGGCCACUUACUAAAUAUGACUGCGAUUGAAAGAGGAAUAAAUAAUCAGGAAGGUGAUGCAUGUAGUAAACCACAAGUGGGCAUGCUGUUCGAAUCAGAAGAUGCUGCAAAAUCAUUUUAUGAUGCAUAUGCAAGGCAUGUAGGAUUUAGCAUCCAUGUUGGUCAAUUCAGUCGUGCUAAGCCUGAUGGUCCAAUUAUAACUUGGAACUUUGCUUGUUCCAGGGAGGUGGUUAAAAGGAAGAAUGUAUCGAGUUGCAAUGCGAUGCUUAGAAUAGAGAGAAAAGAUGCAGAGUGGUUAGUGACAAAAUUUGUUGAGGACCAUAACCAUUCCCUGGCUUCCUCUAGAAAGGUGCAGUACCUUCAACCCCAUAGGCAUUUUACAGGUGCUACAAAAAAUGUUACAGAGACAUUUGAUGCCAGUAAUGAUUCCUAUUUUUCUACGAACGGCAAUCACUUAGAACAGAUUAAUAUAGUUAGGAGUCCCUCUCCAGCUGAAAAAAGUCAUCCAACGAGAAACACUACGCCUUUUACCUAUGUAAAAUCAUCCCAAAAGAGGACCCUUGGAAGAGAUGCUCAAAAUCUUCUCAAUUACUUUAAGAAGAUGCAGGGAAAAAACCCUGGCUUCUAUUAUGCAAUACAACUUGAUGAUGAAAACCGCAUGAUCAAUGUAUUCUGGGCAGAUGCGAGGUCAAGAAGUGCAUAUAAUUACUUUGGUGAUGCAGUAAUUUUUGACACAAUGUAUAGACCUAAUCAAUACCAAGUUCCAUUUGCUCCAUUUACAGGAGUCAAUCAUCAUGGCCAGAAUGUUUUAUUCGGCUGUGCAUUACUACUAGAUGAAUCUGAGUCUUCCUUUACUUGGCUGUUCAGGACAUGGCUAUCUGCUAUGAAUGAUCGACCACCGGUUUCUAUUACCACAGACCAAGAUAGAGCCAUACAAGCAGCUGUUGCGCAGGUGUUUCCAGAAACUCGCCAUUGUAUUUGUAAGUGGCACAUUUUGAGAGAAGGUCAAGAAAGACUGGCUCAUAUUUACCUUGCUCAUCCAUCAUUUUAUGGGAAGCUGUAUAGCUGCAUAAAUUUCUCUGAGACUGUUGAGGAUUUUGAAUCAACAUGGAAGUCUCUUGUAGAUAAAUAUGAUCUUCUUAAAAAUGAUUGGCUUCAAGCAGUGUAUAAUGCUCGCAAACAAUGGGCCCCUGUUUACUUUCAUGAUACUUUCUUUGCUGCAUUUACUUCAAACCAUGGGGUUCGCUCUUUUUUUGAUGGCUAUGUAAAUCAACAGACAACCUUGCCUUUGUUUUUUAAGCAGUAUGAAAGAUCUCUAGAACAUUCUUUGGAAAAAGAAAUAGAAGCAGAUUACGAGACCAUUUGUACCACUCCUGUUUUGAAGACUCCAUCACCAAUGGAACAACAGGCUGCUAAUCAAUACACUAAAAAGAUUUUUGCGAAGUUUCAGAAGGAACUGGUCGAAACAUUCGCGUAUACUGCUAAUAAUAUUGAGGAUGAUGGUGUGGUCAGUAAAUACAGGGUUGCAAAAUAUGAAGACGAUCACAAGAUAUACGUGGUCACAUUAGAUAUCUCUCAAAUGAAGGUAAAUUGCAGCUGUCAGAUGUUUGAAUACUCAGGCAUUCUUUGUCGACAUAUAUUGACGGUCUUCACUGUUACAAAUGUUCUUACCCUACCAUCACACUACAUUUUGAAGCGAUGGACAAGGAAUGCAAAGUCCAGUACCGGAACAAAUGAAAAAGUACCGGAUCCUCUUCACAUUGAAAAUCUCACUUCACGUUUUAAUAGUUUAUGUCAAGAAGCCAUUAAGCUUGCAGAAGAAGGGGCAAUAGCUGUAGAGACUUAUAACACUGCAAUGAAUGCAUUAAGAGAAGGUUCUAAAAAGGUUGAUGUUGUGAAGAAAAAUGUUGCGAAAGUCACACCUCCUAACACUCAAGGUAAUGGAAGCAGUCAGGAAGACAAUAGCAUGGGGAGCCUUUCAUCUAUUUCUGAACUCAUCCCAUCAUUGUGGCCUUGGCAAGAUUCAGUGACACAUCACUCUAAUUGUAAUAACAUUCAGCUUCCUGUUACUGAUCUGAGUCAUCCUAGUUUGACUCCCAUUUCUAUUCACCGUGACGGUGGCCGUCCAGAUAGCACUGUUGUCCUUACUUAUUUCAAGUCUAUGACUUGGGUUGUAGAAAAUAAGAAUUCAAGCCCGUCCAAUAAAGUUGCAGCCAUCACGAUGAAGCUGCAAGAUUACAGCAAGAACCCUUCAAGAGAAACAGAAGUGCAAUUCAGGGGGACGAGGAUGACUUUGGAGCCUAUGUUGAGGUCAAUGGCUUACAUCAGUCAGCAGCUCGCUGCACCAGUCAAUGGAGUUGCUGUCAUCAAUCUGAAGCUUCAGGACACAAAGACAAGUACUGGGGCAACAGAGGUGAAUUUCCUAGUUUCUAGAGAUACACUAGGUUCCAUGCUGAGAUCUAUGACCUACAUCCAGGAGCAGCUAUAAGCGUUCUUCAAGUAAUACAAGGCAUCUAUCAAAUCAGCUGAACCAAUCAUCUUCAAGUGUUGAAUCCUAAAUGAUACAUUCGUUAGUAUUGAAUAAAACUCCACAAUUAAGACCUGCUAUGAGUUCGGAUAGUGAGAGUAGAUUGAAAGUGAAGUGAGGCACAAAUUCACUUAACACCACGUGAGCAGUCAAUUGAAUGUUUCCAGAUAUGUGUGCAACUAUUGUGUGUCCAUUUGGCGAUUUAAUGUGGAGUGGUGUGAAUCUUGGUGUAAUUAGUAAACAUAUGCAAAGAACAGCAUAUAUGAUCUGUAUGUAGCUCCUGAAUCUAGGAUCCAACAACAUGAUUUAAUAGAAGAGAAGACACAACUAUUACCUUCAUGAGGUGUAGCAGAGGAGCCUGACAUUUCUGAAACACUGCAAAUCUGGAUAACAGCCGGUGCUGUGAAACCAUCAUUGUGUGAUUUGUUAAUGUCUUCCUGCUGUAAGAGUUAAGAACUUCAAAUACUAUUCUUGUGUAAAUCCUUCAACAGGUUGCAUAGUGGAAUCUUUAGAUGGAAUAACCUCUUCAUGCUUUGAUUCUGUUUUCUCUCCAAUGGCAUUGUUUACACCCCAAGAACUCUUAUAGCGAGAGUUUGGAGGAAAGCCGUGCUUCCUAUAGCAGACAUCUAUUGUAUAUCCCAUUCUAUCACAAUAGUCAAUAGGUACAAAUUUUUCCAUUAGAAAAACCUCUGCCUCUUCUAUAGUAUCCUCUGCUUCUGCCAUUACCAUAUGAAGAGCUUGCUGCGUUUAUGGCUAUAUGUGUAUCCUCAACUGGUGCCAGUCCAUAUUGCAUUUCAAGUUGCAAUACCUUAGAAAAGACUCGAUUAAGCGGAGGCAAUGGCUUUAUCAACUGUAUUUGUGAUCGAACAACACCAAAAUGUUCGUUAAGCCUCAUCAACAAGAGUGCACGAGGUUGUUGCAUCUCUCCCAUGCUCCAAAGCUCGGAUCAAAACGCUCAGGGUUGGGCAAACUUCCAUUGAGAAACUUGUGCUUGUUCUUCAAAGUCAUGGAUUGCUGCAUUGACCUCUGAAUGGUAAUUGCUCCCUGUGAGUGGUGGAGUCACGAAUUGCUGCAGGAUUUUCGCUAGGGUGAACAUAGAAAUGACUUGCUGGACUCUGUGCAGGAUCAUCCACUAUUGCUGAUUCUCCAUUGGUAAAUAGAGAAAGUUUGGUGAGAAAAACUGUUUUUCUGUUAUUGAAUCAAUCGAAUGAAUUCACUCUGUUACAUUGAGUUCCUUUUACAGCUACAUGUAACUAACAAACUUCUAAAUGAAAACUAAGUAAUAACUAACAGUUUUAAUUAUUACUAGACUAACUGUUUGCAUAUCGUUUCGCGCCGGUGUUAACUCGUGUUAGCACUCACUUCGAGGUAAAAAGUGAACAGAACUAAACUAGUAGUUUGAGAUGAAUGUGCUUUUCACGUGAACUCAACUGCUAUCUAAAUACAUACAAUUCUGUUGAACCCUCAUACUAAUAAA